GUCUGCAUCAGUGGUUACGGUCGUGCGGUGCGCGUAGCGUGGUGUUGAAGCCCCCAUCCCAGGUUUUAUCACCGUUGGCACUGCGAGACGCUUUGAGAAAGAGUGCGGAGCUGACAGCGAUAACACAUGCUGCAGCCCCGCUUCGGGGGUCCACGCGUCCAGUGAGGACCGUGGACCGUGACCUCGGGCCGCGCAAGAAAGGCCACACGAAAUUUGGAUUGUUCCGGGAUCCUCUUCUAUAGCGUCUACUUCUAACGGUACCGCGACCGGAAACCUUUUCCAAGGCCAUCGGCGACAGUUGUGUGCAGUACAUUACAAGGACAACACGAGCGACUCGGGAACCGAGAAAAAGAAACAGCACUGCGUUGCCCGUGCGACGAGUCGACCCCCCUGCAAAGUUGUAGCCUCCAGUCACGGAUGCUGUGCAGCGCCUGAACGUGUGCGACGUGCAUAGAAUUGAAUUGCUUUUAUUUUCACAAACAUACAAUUUGUGGGGGAUGUCGCGUAACACGAGUUUCUUAUAAGAAACAUCGAAGCGACUUGGUCAACAAUAUUAUCUCUUUCUCGUCCACAUUACGUCGUCUCGUACAUAUUAUUGUAGGACACUAAUACAUUCCCACCGCACUUUUUGCCAGUUUACCUGGUCUCCUCAUUUUCUUUCUUUCAAUAGGCAUACGAACAGACGCACUGCAAGCAAACGCAUUCGAGAAAGGUUUCCUCUUUCUGACAGACAACUGACUGGACGGGUCGCUAUUAAGCUUCAGGCCUACUUAUGUAACAAAGUGUUCUGUUAGCUACCAAGCCCGGAAAUAUUUAACAGGUUGUGAACGACUGGAUCGGCUCUAAUCAAACGAUGCUGCUUUCUUUUUCUGGCUUAGCGAUAAAAACUGGGAUCGUAAAGACUCACACGAAAAAGUUGUUCCAGCCAAUGAUAAUGGAAAGCGACCUGACUGCAAUUCAAGAAAAAAGAAUGAUCACAUUGUGUAAUCGCAGUUCACGAACGAUCGCAUAUUGCUUGCCUUAACAUGCACAGUGAUUCACGACGAUGUGCUGAUCUUAAGCUUUCGGGAACGUUCGAAUGAAUAUAAGCACAAAUCUCGAGCAAGCCGGAAGUGCAAAAUUCUUUUCGUAUGAAUGCUUUGAUUCUUUGAAGUCUUUCACAACGCUGGCGCUCCUUCUUCGUGUUUGAUUGCAGGAGAGCUGCAUUAAUACUUCAGUACAAGAAUUCCUCAUCGAUUUAUGUGAAACAGCAGAGUAUAUCGCCGGACAAAAUGAUGGUACUUUUGGUUGUGCUUAACAUGGUCUUCUGUUGUAAAUCAAACAUUGUUGAAUAUGACUGUGAAAUAUGGCAUUAUUUACCGAUUGUGACUAUAGGGUAGUUUGAAACCACGAAGAAAAUAUUAUAAAACUGCAAGGUUUCACUGAACGUGAUGAAAAUUUAUUUUAAGGAAAAUGGUAAUGCUUUACUGGAGAAACGAGCAACAUGUGCAAAUAUUGCAAAAAUGUGGUUCUUUUUCCACAACCGAUCAAAAAGGACAACGUGAGCUACGUCCAAAAUAGACAUAUCAGUUGAAGAAGAAAAGCUGAAGUUCUAAGCCUGUCGUGAUACAGUUAGUCUACAAGCAUCAGGCUCAGGGAAUCCAGUCAUCACCGUGUUCAACGCCAUGUGCUACUGUUCUGUGUGUUCAAUAUCGGGGUCAUCCUUGAUAUAGCUUUCCAGAGCGCAAGAAAUCUGCUGCAACAGCCAGCGAGCUUAAGUACGCUUCGUUCAUGCGGCUUCCACUGUGACAGUUCACGAGCGACGUGGCACCAGUCAUUAUUUUCGAGUACGUCACCUCGUCCAGAGAACAGCCCACUAUUUGACGUACGUGAUCCAAUCACAUUGUAUGCUCAUCCACGUUGAAGUGGAAUCGAAACAACCGAAGGGAACAGAAACUACGACGUACCGCGUUGUGAACUAUCACCACAGUGUUACUGCCAGGGACAUUGAGCGCAAUCCAGUUAACUGACGCGAGCAUCAGUUACCCUUCUUAAAAAAUGCAACAUUACUCACGCUUACAGCGUUUGGUCCAAUCAAGUCUCUAGUCGCUGGCCAAUCACGCGUUAGCCACGCCGAGAACUCAAGAUACCAGCCCAACUGCGCCAUAUUUUGUUGAAGAUCGCAAGACUCAACGUAGAACGUGCGACGCGUUCCUGUCCUUCCCGUGGUUGUUCGCCACGGCAUGACCUCGACAUGACCUCAACGGGACUCAUGGCGGAGGCCAUUCAACUUCUGCUCCUGUCCCCGCUCUCGACGUUCUCCGUGCUGGUGUGGCUUGCGGCGCUGCUGCUGCACGCGCUGUCGCCACGCCUCGAGCCCCGCGGUUCAAGACCGCGGCUCGUCGCUCGUGAGUCGGACUUCUCGCGGUUCCUGGCGACGGCUAUACCCGCGUUGACGCAAGCCUACACGCCGCCGCCUUGGGCGCGGCACCCGACCAUCCAGUCACUGCUGGCGGCUACCGUGUUGCGGCGAUCCACGGAGGUGCCUUUCUUCAGGACUCAUCUGCAGCUCCGUGACCGUGGACUGGUAGCCCUGGACUGGGCGGGCAGCACGCCCUCGGCUCAGCCGGCCAACCCGGACGAGGUGCUGCUCAUCGUGCUCGUGCUGCCCGAUUUGGGCCGAGACCCCUGCAGCGUGGGAGACACGUGCCGGGCCAUUCUAGCGCGGGGCAUGAGAGCCGUGGUGCUCACUCAACGGGGACACGCCGGAUGCCCCCUCACUACGCCGAGGCUGCAGGCGUAUGGCGACCCCGGAGACCUACGGCAAGCGGUGCGGUUCCUGCGCGCCCACUACGGUCGCUGUCGCGUGGCCGUGCUAGGCAUCGGAACGGGCGCUGACUUACUGCUUGCCUAUCUGGGUGACACCGGCUCCUCGUCGGGUCUGCUGGCAGCCGUAGCCAUCUCGCCGCUCUACGAGCCCGAGAAACUGCUCGAACAGUCGCCCUGGCCGAUCGGCGUACUCCGCCGUCGAGCGCUUCAGCGCGUUGUGGCGGAGCACGGCGGAGUUCUCUGCCGGACCGGCUACUCGUCGAGCUCGAUGGCGGGGGCGGCGGCCGUGGACGUUGAAGGGGCCCUGUCGUCGACCAGCUGGCAGGACGUGGAGCAGAAGGUGCUCUGGCCCGCGUGCGGCGCCAACAGCGCUUCCCAGUACUGGGAGCGCAACGCGCCCUUGCGCGACGCCGACGACAUUGCCACGCCGCUUCUGUGCGUCUCCAGCGCAGACGAUCCCGCGGUGCCAGAAUGGGCGCUGCCUAUGGACAUCUUCCAGACCGACCCUCAACUGCUGCUGCUGCUCACCGAGCACGGCGGCCACGGCGGUUUCGUAGCGGGCCUUGGCUGUUCCUCGCCAACGGCGCCCCGGUCGUGGGCGGACGGCGUAGCGCUGGACUUCAUCGCGGCCACCUUGGACUUCACAAGCCGUGACGGACGGCUACGCAAGUGUGCCACGCGAUGAACCCUGUCUGAAGUGCUAGGUCAUCGCACCCGCGCGCAUCCGAUCGACCUUGUGGCCAGGGCGUUUCACUUCACCGCAUGGCUGCGACACCAACGAUUAGUGCAGUGGAAACGCUUCCGGACUCUGACGUGAAUUCCAGGGAACUCCGUUUGAGAAUCUCAAGGAUUUUGAUGACAGCCCCCCUGUCGAAGUUCGGGAUGAAGACUGUGGAGAUUCAUGUGGAUGGUCCUCACAAACUUUUGCACGACGUUAAAGAAUUCCCAAGUCUCAUGAGCUGCACCAAUUCCGUGAGGCCUCUGUGAAGGCCCACAAACCGUUGGUGUCACUAACCGAGACGCCGCAAUGUAUUGUACUAUAUAUAUUUGCAGCUGACGCUGUCGGAAAGUGCAUUUCGAGCUAUGGUACAGCGACAAGGGAAGCAGUUAGCACCCAUAUUAAGGCAACAGCACAGCUAUGAAACUUGCUUGUUGAAUAUUGCCGUCAUAUCCUACGUGAUCUAAAAGGUUUAUGGCAUUGCUGUUCCUCUUUGACGUUUCCAUGGUUCGUUCAUCACAAUCUCGACGAUUCAUGCAGUUUUCAGCGUUUUGAUGGGACGCGCUUUCUUGUCACGCAACAUAAAAACUGCUAUUUUAUUCCAUUACACAUUGUUUUGCUGUCAAAAAAAACCUACCUGUCUCGUCACAAUUGGAGCUCAUGUGUCUGAAUACCGCGAGAGAGUGUUACCGAUGAAAAGAAAAUAUAAGACGAAAGCUAUACCUGCUUCCUUUGCCCUGUGAGCUUCAAUGACUUACGUUCUCGUGCUGAACGGAAUGAAGCAUGUGGAUAAGCACUCCUUCAAAUAUAGGCGCCUGAAUCGCCAGUAACCUAACGGUAAAUAGAUUUCGACGUGCUCGAGUGAAAUCUGAACUAUUUUCUUAAUCAUAUGAGAGUUCUGAUAGGACAGAAUCUUUGAUGAUACUUUUAUGGGGUGCACGGUAGUAUUUUCCUUUCCGACGACGAAAUUUUACGCUUUGUUAAAAAUGUCAUCAAUGAAAUCGGCGCUCACUUCAUCGUAGGGAGGUUGGAACAUUCUAGGUCUUCUGUUUCAAUUGCGUGUGAAUUUCACUCCACUAUCGUCAGCGGAAAGAAAUAGUACUUAAACAGAGCGUUUUUUCGGCUGGAAUGAAAAUAUUGAAAAGUUGUGUCGCCCUCUAGUAGAAUAAUGUGUCGAAAAACGCACAUACUUAGAUGCACAUACCUAGAAGUGCCAUGGAUCAAUAAUGUUAAGCAUAAAGCUUAAUCGUGCAAUUUUAUUCCUCUCUGAGUUGUGCUUUAAACCAGCUUUUGCCACCAAUCUAAAGACCGUUACCCUGCCAUAGCGAUCAAAAAUAAAUCUCGCAGCUUUAUUUCGAAAUCUUUCUAACUUAUCAUUAUUAACAUAAGUAAAGGGGUCCCAAACAAUAUUAGCGUACUAAAGAAUUGGUAAGAUAAGAACCUUGUGGGCUGUAAAACUUGUUUCUCAUGAAGGAUUUCUACGGGAACGUUUUAAGUAAUGUAGUUUAGACAUUGCUAGCUUAGUGAUUUGAGCUAUGGUGAUCGUUCCACCGCAGGUUAUUGCAAAUAUGAACACGAAUACAUCUUUACUGCUCGACGCGAGAUUAUACAUUUCCAUCCAUUGUGUAGUCAAAAAGGUUGACUCGCGCUCUAUUUGCUACGGACUUGACAACACUUUUCCUAAAGUUUACCGACAUUUGCCAUGCCUUUCAUCACUGAAAUAGAUCAUAAAGUUUUCUGUUCAAUUGAAGCUGAUUGUUAGUCGAGUUAAAACAGACUAUAAUACAGUCGUCCGCAUAAAGUCUCACUUUAACAUUACGUCUCUGAACAAUGUCAUUUAUGUAUAGUAGGAACAACGGGCCCAACACGGUACCUUGGAGUACGCCUGAGACAACCGGAAGCAGAUAUAAAAAGGCUUGGUUAAAGACGCCAUAUUGAUUACUAGAAGUUAAGUACGACUGGAUCGAAUUGCAAAUCGACAUUCUUUUUUGUAAGUACAAGAUAGCUUAAGAAGUAGUUUGGGGUACAACAGCUUAUCUAACUAUUCGUCGAAACCGCCUCCCUAUAUCUUUGUGAAAAAAAAAACUGUCGAAUGACGCUGUCAUGAGGGUAGGAAACAAGAAACGACAACAAUCAAACGAAAGGAUGUGGUCCGACAGAGCCAAUGCUUCCAUCAAAAGUUGCCAGGCAAUGAAGCAUAGACUUUUUUCAAUCUUGAUUGCUUCUGACUGACAAAACAUUCGGACGCGUGAUGUGUACAUUCCAUGAACGCUGCUGGUUUGCAAUGCUUUGUUUGCAUUUCAAGCUGGCUCGUAGCAGCCGUACAACAUUCAACUGAAAACCCUUCCGUGAACCGAAAAUACCUCCAAUGAACGUGCGAAGUAUUCGCACGUUCUUUGUGUCACAAUGCAAAAGUCGUGGAAUAUUGUUGAAGCCAAGCCUGCACAAUUUUCCGUGCGUUAAGUCGUGGGCGCUAAAGCGGCAGACUGGCAAGAAUGCGAGUGAUGAAAUGGUAGUGUUUUAAAUGUUGCGCCGCAUUCAAUGUUUCUACUUCUCUCUGUUUUUAGGCUUAGUUCUGAUAGUCUGUUCAUAAAGAGUUCAGAUCUUGCUGAAUGCGGCAGAAGCUCAAUGCUGUUCCUGCAUGAUUAUGCAAUUCAGCCGAAAGAAUGUUGGAAGAAGCUUGUGACACUUUAGUGUUACCCAUUCGCAAGGUCGCCAUAUCACACGCGAACACGCUACUGCACACAUUGACGAUCGAGACAACACGCUGGCAUGGACGAUCAUCUAGCGCUUGUUUGCUUACUUUGCAUGACUAAACUGACCAGCGUUAACUUGACUGGCGUUAAACGCAGCCUCGUGCUCGACGAAACAAAUCUGCAUUUCUUUGGAACGCCCAAUGAACGUGAUGUGCGACACUAAAGAGACUCGUAAGCCGGCCUCUUCUCGAGACGCGCGUUUUUCCUUGACCCCUCCAUCAUCUCUACACCCGCCAUGUUGUAACUUCCGCCACGCCCCCCUAUGUAGGGGCUGGAAAGUAGGAAUUGGUUUUCUCUAUCGGUUAAUGCUAUCAGACGUCUGGAGGCCGUGAUGUUUCGCUGCCCACACGAUCGACCCGCGCUACACACCACAUUAAAACUCUGUCUGUGACCCACUAUCGCGCACUGUUAUUGGCAUUGGCCCACAGUCACCGAUUUUAACUACACUUUCUCCAGAAUCGGCCAUCUUCACUGAGCCUGACAACCGUUCACAUAAAUUGGAGAGAAGAGCCAAGGAAAGCUACACAUUAAAUGCCCCCGAAAGAGUACAAACUAGCAUCAUCGUUUACCUACUCGAAGGAUCAUUCCAUGCGCACGAAAACACGCGUUUUACACGGUACUACGGUUAAUACGCAUAAAGUGGCUCUAAGACCCUUAGCUGCGCUGCACACGAGCUCUGAACUGAAGUUUAAAUUGUCUAGACACUGUUGCAACUCGAUCAUUUUUACGCACACUCUUUCUGGCAGCUACAUUCUCGUUACGUCUUGAAAGAAGCGGGGCUUUAUUGGAUUUUACGUAAAAAGGUGAGAAAUGCAAGAUCUGCAAUCAGUUUAGCGAUUUUGAGACCCGUUCGAGCCUUCAAAGUCUUUGAGUGCAUUCCAAGCCAGGUUGUCCAAGUCUGUCAGCUUAGUCUUAAAAGCGGUCAGAAACGGAACGAGACCAAAGUUGCAGGCCGACAAUACGGAUAGCCUGCGUCGUUUCUAGACCAUUUAUUGAACGAUGGAAGGACGUGGUUCAGCGCGUGGUGCAAGCUGCUAUCUAUAACAGGAUAAUGUGACUCAACUAUUCCCACGAUAACGUUAUAUCGCACUGCCGUGCAACGGCACCUAUGCUGUGAACUGCUGCCGGGAGCAGUAAUUGUUUCGGUUCAGGGAUGCGUGAGCACAACUGCAGCUGUUUUCAAGCAGACAUCUUUCAGAAGGCGGUUAAUGUUGUGGGUGACGAGGCGAGGGCUCAUAUACUAUCAUCGAACUAUAUCUCGGGUGUGGAAGGAAAGAAUUAGGAAUGCGGUACUAACGCCUAGACGAAGUGAUGAGUGCUAUUGAUACGUUGUACCUUGUUGUUGUUGUUUUGACGGACUACUUCGCUUAAAAUUUGGAGCCAGAUGUUGCCGGAGAAAAUAAAGAAAACCUCUCACUGCACAAUUUUUUUUUUGCUUCUUUCCGACUGUUGAAGUACAUUAACAUGCCGUGUGGUUGUGUGUACAGUUGUUUUGCCAUUGUUGUCGUUGACUGCCAAGCGUGAUAUAUAUUUAAAUGGCCGUUUGAAAGCGUUGUUUCUUGUCGUAAUAAAUGUUUCAGAAAUCGCA